AUGGCAACACCGGGGGCUUCCUCCGACACCCUCAUCACUCCAUCCUCGCAGAUACAACCACACUGCUCCUCCAAUCUACACACCAUGUCCACAAGGCCCGCAGACCCGGAAGGACAAGCCGACUCCGACCUCGAACUGGCAGUGCUAGAGUCCGCACCACCCGUUGUCCCCAAACUCCUCCGUGAAGCGAGUGAUAUCACAUGGCAGGAAUCACAGGAGGCAAGCAAAGAUGCCGUGACACUCGUCCGUCGCCGAGGGCGAUUCCAUUUGCUGCACCAGCAGCAAUUCAGGAAUAGUCUGCUAGCAAGCGUGGGUUAUCUCGAGUUGGCGAAUGCCGCGGACUUUGCGGCCAACGUGUGGAAUCAGAUCCCCGUGCCGACCUUUGCGGCUGUACUCAUGGGUAUCGGUGGUACGUGUGCUUUGGGCAUGGUAUUCGUUGCGAUGCAGGAUUUCCGGCUGAGUUUGCGGAAUGUGAAGCUGCUUCUGACGGAGCGGGAGAAUCUGAAAAGAUUGCGACAGCAUCACAGCAAGAAUACUGGGGUCGUGCAACUUCUUGAGAGUAGACUGGGUGUGAGCGACCGUGAGAUGGGUACGGAGAUCGUCGACCGCAUUGUGAUGGACCUUCUGAUGGGCUUUGGGUCAGUGCUAGUUGGGGUCGGCACAUUAAUGGCCAUUGGGGGCGCCAAUCCACGGGUCUUCAAGGCCAGCAACUUGCUUUCGGGAUAUAUUGGUAAUGGUCUCGCAGCAAUGUUCGGUCUUGUUAAUGCCGUCUGGUCCGGCUACCUCAUCCGUCGUUUCCAUCAACAUCUCAAAGCUGUCCGAGCCUCGCAGCCAGGCGACGAUAUCAGGCGGCGUUUACACAAUCGUAUCCGCCGAUUCCAGUGGCAUUCCUUUAUCAACGGGCUUAAUGGCCUGGUUGCCGGUGCUGGAUCUAUAGUCACUGCUGAGCGGUGGUGGGGAUAUGUCGUGCUGAUUCCGUGUAUCAUUUCAUUGAUUGCCGUGAACUUCUUCUGGCGUAAGAAGCUCGGCUAUGACAGACCUCUUCUAAUGGAUGUUUCACUCACUCGGAUGCAACUUACCCCUUUGCUCGAAGAUUUGGAAUAUGCGAUCGCCAUGCAGCGCGGUCUUGCAGAGCCUGAUACAGAUCUGCCACAAGCCCUUGUGCAGAUGGACUCGCUGGAUUCAAUGCUGCGAUUUAUCGUCCAGAAUCGCAUGUUGGAAAGGUACUGCGAGUCUUUGACUUGUGGCAAACAAACUCGUGGGCUUCUCAGGGAUCUUCUCCCAACUACCACCACACCACACGAAGUCACCAUCUCAAUAGACGCCCUCUUCCGUCUCUCCUCAUCUUCCACGGCAAAUGCGGAUCUUCUCCGCGCACAUGCCAAGCGUUUUCUACAAAAGGACGGAGUCCUCAUUUUCACAUAUCGCGAGCGCCAUCUCCUUGAAUUACUUGCUUACGCUGUCUGGCAGGACCAGACCACUUCCACGGCCCAGGCAACUGACGCAGGUGCUGGCACUACUACACCAGAAGCAAUGAUAGAAACCAAAUAA